AUAUCCGGUUUUGCCUCUUCAGAAAAUUACCGCGGGAUUCCGCGGAUUCAAGAAGCGCAGGGAUGAUCGGUUCGAGCUUUAUCAGUGGCGAUAAGACACGAUGUCCUCCAGUGAAAGUGUUAUCCAGCCAGCUACGCGAGGGAAACGAGUGUCAGGCAUCAAAUGGAAAGCCAGAGUAUAUAAUUAAAAGACUGGGUUCAAACAAAGACAACUUAUUACGGCUUUCUGUGGUCUGGAUGCAGGGGACGGUGGUGGAGGUCCAAUCUGAUCUCAACACAGUACUGAUGCUGGACGAGACCGGAAACUUCCUCGUUAAUGGCGUUAACAACGUGCCAAAGGGAAAGCCGUGUCUCAGUCCUGGUAAAUAUGUAAUGAUUAUGGGGGUCAUUCAGUCUCAUAGUCCAGAACCAGUUCUGCGUGCAGUUAAGAUGGCAGAUCUUUCUGACAAUGCCACCAUUCACCGGAAAAACUGGAGAAAUGAAGUAGAAGAUCUCCAGCAGACUUUGCCAUAAAGCUUAAUGUUAUUUUGGUUGCUUGUUUAAUUUUCUUGAAUUGUUCAACUUUAAGGGCAUUUUUAGUAAAGCAAAAGUAUUGCAGAUACUUAACCUGUAUACAAUAAACAUUCCAACAGGUAAACAUGUA